AUGGAUGCAUUCAUAAAUGAAUCAACUCUAACCUUUCUUAAAGCUUAUCGCAAUGAAAAUAUUCGAGUAAUUGAUAAUAAAUUUCAACCCCUUUUAGGUAAAUCUGUUGAGUAUCUUUAUGAUCCAAAUAGUGGGGCUAAAGCUAUGCAAAUAGGAUAUGAGUUAUUACAGCAGGGCAAGCGUGUGGCAUUCAUUCUAACAAGUUGCAGUAUAGUCCAAGUAUUGGCAGAAAAAGCCUCUAAAUUGCAAAGACCUGAUAAUUCUUCUAUUAGAGCCUGUGAACUUGAUUGUGUAGCUUAUACAAGUACAGUAGAAGCAGGCAUAUCUUUUGAAAAGAUUGAUCAUUUUGAUGCAGUUAUAGGAAUUACAAAUAUUGUAACUCCAGUUAAUGUUGAAGCCUUUAUUCAGAUAAUGUUUCAGAUUCGUUAUAAAAAUAUUCGUGCUGAACUCAAAAAUGCUAGAUCUAAUGAUUUGCCAACAGCAAUAAGAGGACAUCGCGAAUCUAGUACAGAUGCUUCUUUUCAACUUAUAAAAAUAGAUAAAAGUCAAGAAGUUAUAGAGAAUCGUAAAAGGAUUUGCAAUGAGGUUAGGGUUAAAGUAUUAGUUAUCAAGAAAACGGAUUUUGAGGCAGUUGCCACUUUUUGGAAUCUUGAUCCUAAAGAAGCUGAAAAUCUUAAGUUUGACCAAGAACGCUCUAUCUCAAAUACUAUGAAACUUAAAUGUUUUUAUAUGCGAAAUAUUUAUGGUGGCUUUACCGGUAUAGAUGAUAAGCAUAUCCUUUCUGGUAGUAUAAUAUCAGAAUCAUUCAAGCAAUCAUGUGAAAGGUUUAUAGAAAUCUGA